AUGGAUUUCAGUGUAAUUGAGAAGCUUUUGCACGACAUCAAGAAGUCGAUAGAUGUGAAUUGUGAUGUUGCAUCGAAACUUUUGGAUCAAGUGGCACUUUUGGUAGUCGAAGAACAAACAUCUAGCGUUUGUUCAGAUGCCAUGGCGACGCUGCGAAUGAUAUUUCCAACGCACAUAAUCUCUUUGGCUGAGAUUCGAGAUCAACAGACUGCUGUGAUCGAAUGCUAUAACACAAAGAUGAAACUUAGUCCCUCGGCAGACGUGGCCAGAAGCCAACUUUCUUUCAGUAGAACAGGUCAUCCAGAGGGCUCCGAACUGCUCGAAUAUAUAAAUGAAGUCCAAGAGUUGGAGCUAUCGUUAUUUGAGCAUCAAAGUCUAUUAGGGAGGCUGUCUGCGUCAUUAGACCUUUCUGAAAGUGCCAAUGAAAGAUCUGUUCGGCCAGCCAAAGACGAUGACGCGACUAAAAAUGUUUUCCACCAACUUCUGAAGCAAUAUAGCGCUACAAAUUCGAGCCAGGACGAGUUGACCAAACUGAGAGAUCAAUUGAUGGAACUUAUCAACGAUCAGAAGCUUGAAAAAGCGCAAUACUCGCUAGAGAAUCAGCACACCCUAAAAGAGGUUUUCAGCCAACUGGCGCAUCAGGUCACAGAAUGGAAAGAACAGUUUCAAUCCUUGGAAGAUAUUAUGUUUGGGAAUGGACCUCGCUCGAUGUUGAGCUUAUUUCACGAAGUGGACAAGAUGAAGCCCCUAUUGGAAUCCAACGAUUGA